CCUGCACGGCCAAAUCGUACUCCAGAUAUCCACCGACGAUGAGUCCCUUAAUGUCCAAGGCGUACUCCCUUUGCCAUUUCCGCCCGGGGUUCAAUUUGGUAGUUCGUUUGUUUUCAGUAUCUAUUUAUCACAACACACGAUUGGCCGAGGUAGGCAGACUUGAAUUACCCAAGGCUCAGGGUAAAUACGAAACGGGUCAACUAUUCCUUCAUCGCGUAUUUGGCUACCGCGGUGUUAUACUGUUUCCGUGGCUGGCCAGAGUGUACGACCGUGACUUGCCGAAUCAGUCCAAAGGCAAUCAGCUAGAAAGCGUCGCCUCCGAAUCGACCGAUAGCGGUACUGCCGGUGGUAAUGCGAUCAAAGAGGUACAGAAGAAAACGCACACGUUCUACCAGGUGCUGAUCGAUCAGCGAGACUGUCCGUAUAUACGUGCACAAACAGAAGCGGUGACGUUUCUGGGAAACCAAGAAUCGAGUCGCAGUUUGUACGCUAUUCCCGGUCUUGAUUACGUUGCUCAUGAGGACAUACUACCGUACAGUUCCGGUGAACAGCAUCCGUUACAGCAUGAGUUGUUCGACAAAUUCCUAACACACCAGCCGGACAAAGAUCCCCCGUUCGUGGCGCAGGAAACCCUACGCGCAUGGCAAAAGAAAAACCAUCCAUGGCUGGAGCUAUCCGAUGUGCACAAGGAAACGACUGAAGGCAUUCGCGUAACGGUCAUUCCGUUUUACAUGGGCUGCAGAGAAACUCCGGCGGCUUCAGUCUACUGGUGGCGCUACUGUAUUCGAUUAGAAAAUCUUGGCGAGCUAAGCGUACAGUUGAGGGAGAGACACUGGAGAAUAUUUUCACUGUCGGGAACACUGGAAACAGUUCGCGGACGAGGUGUGGUCGGUCAGGAACCCAUUCUCAGCCCUCGGCUACCUGCGUUCCAGUACAGCUCACACGUCAGUUUACAAGCGCCCAGCGGUCACAUGUGGGGAACGUUCCGUAUGGAGCGCGAAGAUGGCCACAUGUUCGAUUGCCGUAUUCCACCGUUUUCGCUCGAAAGCAAACCGGAUGAUAAUAGCGGAACUGGCAGUAUUGACGACACGAACACUAAUCUUGGUGCGUCUUCGAAGCAACCGUCUUCCGGUGGAGGAACGAGCGAUGAAACGGUACCCUCAUCCACUUCGACCAAUAAGACGACAUCCACGAAACCAAAUACUAAAAAUAACAAAAACGAUGGAGAUGACAAUGUUUGAUCCAAC